AUGGUCUGCACAGAAUGUACGUUUUUUUCUUUUUUUCUUUUUUUUUUUUUUUUUUUUGAAAAUAAACCAAGGCAUAUGUUGAGCACUAUUCAUCAAAUUGUCGGAGCUCGGAAAAAUUUUAGUAAUGGAAAUUUUUUCGACACUGAAUAUGUUAAUCCUGACUAAGUUUCUGGCUUCAUUGAAAGGGAUGAAAAAAAGACGAACACCUAGUUUUGUUCGAAAUCAACAGUUUCAAGUACGCGUUUUUUAUCACAACAUUAAGUAAUUAAGACCAGUUCAUUAAAAAAAAAAGAUGAAAAAAUCCCAUAUUAACUAUUUACCUUACCAUUGUACGCGAAUUUCUUCCUAAAUCUCUAUUUUCAACCAUAAAGGAAAUGUUUCAUCGGCUUCAUACUGAGUCAAAAUUUUCAAUCUGAAUGAUUUUUAUCAGACAAGAAUGUACUCGAUUUUCUUUGGAUGCCCAAAAUCUGUUUAUGACCCUAAAUGAGGCUUUGCUCGAAUGCUGCGGAGGUUGAUCGGCCAGUGCCAAAAUUUUUCGCCCGUUUUUGUUUUUUAGAACCUUGGAGCAGCCCCCGAUCUCUCAUUCUGCAAAAUACUGACGUUUGUUUCCAGAUUUCACUCCGCAGCAUGAGAGAAAGUGUUUCGUGAAUACGAAAGACCAGUAGACAGGUACUGUGAAGAGACAAGGAUUUCCGAUGAAAUAUAUAUAUUCAGCUUUUUGUUUUUACAUCAACAUAAACUUUUACUGGUAACAAUUAGGCCGUGUUCAAAGUAAUUUCCGCGAAAUGCAAAAUGGUCUCUGACCCUCCAAAAUUUAGUUAUCUUUCUCUUUCUCUGAAGGGUAUUUUGAAUUUCUCGAAAUCACUUUGAACACGACAUAUAUAAUAUUAUUUAUUUACAGGCAGAACAAAAUAACAUGUACAGAAAAAAAGAGAAAAAAAUUUGGCAUUAAGCCUGAAAUAAAUAAAUAAAAAGGCACUUGAGGCCCUCACGAGCCUCUGAGCCAGUAAUGAAAGAAUAAUGACAUUAGAAAAAAACUUUUAGCAUUUUGAGUAUCUUUCUUAUUCGAAAACUUGAAAACCGCCAUACGCUUCUUGAAAAAUUUUGCUUUUUUUUCGAAUUCGAAGUUAGUCCAGAUUCGUUGAAAUGAAUUUAGAAAAUGCCUUCUUAAUUUUUCAAACUUGAUUAAACUCUGUAUAUGGUUGAAAAUUUCUGAGAUUUCAAGGCUAGUUUGUCGGCGCGCAGCGAAACAGUUUUUUAGUUCAAAGGCUCGAGCCGAAACGCAGCGAUUCUCAGAAAGUGAUUGAUCCGCCUUUUUUCAAAUGAAAAUUUCAGGUGAGAAGAAACUGACAAAAAUUGUUGGCGUCGAUCCUUAUAGGAACAAAACGCAUAACAAACCGCCGCCUUCUGGAGCGAUUAAAAAGUUUGUCACAGAGAAGAAUCGAUUGAUUGGAAGUGAUAAAAAGUAAGUAUGCAUUCAUUUUUUUUUUCUAACAAAGACAUUAGGGGAAUGAAAAAAAUCUUCGAAUGUUCAGUCAUACGAGGUUCGUACGAAUCCGGGGUCUGUUAUCAAAAGUAGUUUCUUAUUCUAAUUGACAAAAUAAACCUUUUUGUAAUUGAAAGCUGCAAGCUUCUGAAAAUUUCGAAUUGAGGAGUUGUUCUAAUCAAGAAAUAAUCUGCUGGCUUUUAAAGGUAAAUAAGUUGAACUUGGCUUUUAAUUUCAACUUAAAAAGGCUCUCCAGACUUUCAGACGUUUUCCGCUGCUCGGAAAGCAAAAAAAAAUGUUUUAGCUAGUUUUGGCAGAUAUUAACCUUGCUAGCGUAUCAGUUUCAUUGAUGUAGCAGAUUUACGGAUUAAUAAUUUUUUUCUAAAUCUAAUCUUUCAGAGCGAAGAUCGUUGCGGCGAAAUGUAAAUUGUGCAAAUGUUUAGUUCAUCAGGUUUUCCUUUUUAUUCAACGAUGAAAAUAAAAAUUUGUAGGUUGGAAGUCAUUAUUGCUCAACGUGUGCUUAUCAGAAAGGUAUUUGUGCGAUGUGUGGGAAGCGAAUAUAUUCAACAAAGGGACUCCGCCAGAGCGUUGUUUGA